AGUGCGCCGCUGCCAGAUGUUGAUAGGCGUCCAAUAUUAUCUCAUAAGGCUGGAAUAAUGGAGCACAUUUACAAGUCACCAUAUGAAGAUGCUGAGGAAGACUUGCCAAAUGAAUCUAUUUUUGAUUAUCUGUACAAGAGAUUGUGUCAGGCGAAGAUGGAAAAAUCUACCAAACCCUGGCUGAUCGACGCAAGCACAGGCACUGAAGUUCCGUUCUGCGACAUUGAGCCAAAAUCAAGAAAGAUCGCAAGCGCUCUGACCCGUCUCGGUUUCGCAAAGGGCGACGUUUUGCAUUUUGUUACCUACGAAAUAACCCAAAUCUAUCUAGUUCAACUUGCCGUUUGGAGACUAGGCGGCGCUGUCAGAGGCACUUUUCAAAAUGAACUACCAAGUGAAAUUGCCCGCCAAAAUAUUGAAGCAAAAGCACGGUUUAUUUUGGGUGAUGAGGAAACUUUGCCACUUCUUAGAGAGGCAAUCGCUCAAUUGGACAAACCAAUUCGGCUAAUUGUGUUUAGCAAAAAUAGCGUUGAGGGUGCAAUCACUUUUGAUGAAUUGCUCAAUGACGAUGGGUCAGCAUUUCAUGAAAACGUCAAGAUUGAUGCAAACGACAUUACUUUUGCCGCUAAUACAAGCGGCAGCACUGGAGUGCUAAAGGGAGCCGCUCACACCCACAGAUCGAUGAUUGCCCUUAUCUUCCACAAAGAGAUCAUCAACUACUUCCAAGAUACUUUCAUGACCCCAAUGAGCAACUUUGCCAUAGGCGCUUUCGUGGUCACUCUUGGUUCAAUCGCCAACGGAUCCCUCGUCUUUCAUCUUGGGAAAUUUGAAAGAGAGGAUUUUUUCAAUAACUUGGUGAAAUACAAACCAGCCACUGCGGUCAUGUAUCCAUUUGUUGCAACUUGGUUCGCUCGACACGAUAAAUUGGCCACCACUGACUUGAGUUUUCUUAAGGCUAUCUUGUGCUUUGGGGGAAUCAUUGAUCCAACUACCAUGGAAAUUCUCUACCAAAAAUUUCCAAACGUGCAAAUAAAACAGUUGUAUGGAAUGUCGGAGUGUGCUGUAGUGACAAACACAGAGAGAGUGCCAAAAUUGGUAAUUAAAGAAAACGAUGGUGAUCAAUGGGUAUCAUCGGGGAAAUUGACGCAUGGAAUGCUGGCCAAAGUUGUAGACGUUAACACUGGCGAGAGUCUUGGACCUGGGAAAAGGGGUGAAAUAAGAGUAAAAUCCGCCCAAGUCAUGAAAGGCUACUUGUCUAAGGACACUCUUGAGCCAGUGCAAACCUCUUUUGACAAAGACGGCUGGUAUAGCACUGGUGACAUUGGUUUUUUCGACGAGGAUGGACAUAUUUUCAUCACGGAGAGGCUGAGCUUCAUUUUCAAAUACUUUCACACCUAUAUUUCCCCUACUGAGAUUGAAAACGUACUUCAAAAGCACCCUGGCGUUAUUCAAGUGGUGGUGGUCGGACUACAUCACCCUGACUGCUUCAAUGUGGCCAGGGCAUUUGUGGUUCGAAAGGGAGAAGUUACUGAGAAAGAAUUGUGCGACUUUGUGGCCGAACGCUUGAUCUCUUACAAACACUUGCACGGCGGCGUCAGGUUUGUGGAAAAACUGCCAAUUACGAAAGGAGGAAAGGUAGAUAGGGCAACUAUGAAGAAAAUUGCCAUCGAAAUGAACUGAUCCAAUUUACUUAUUGUUUGAAAUCAAAACCAUCCGAGUUUAAAAUUCAGGGUUUUUAUCUUUACUUUUAUUGUUUCAAUCUUCUAUCGUAUUGAUGAUUUUCUGAAGGGAACUAUAUGUUAUUAAUAAAUGUUUGUAUUUUUAGAAAUAUUUAAGAUCUAUUUAUUUUUGAAAAAUUUAAACUGGGCGAAGUUUGUUGCAAAUAAUUUUGUCCUUGUAAUGAGGUUCGCCAACUUUCAAUUUUUCAUGAAAUCCACCUCGACUGUUACCAUUGAAAUGACUGCAUUAUGCAUCAAAAUGAAAAUUGGAAAGAAAAAUAAAUGCUCAAUAUGAUCAAAUUGAACAGAAAUAAUUUUAAAUAUUUAAAUAAUAUGCAAAAUGAAGUAAAUUAAUAAUUUAGGAAACGGAAAUCGUGAUUGAGCAAAAAAAAAAAAAAAAAUAA